ACGGAGUAUCUCAGUACGCAAUCCGAUUUCAACUUUUAAAGACCGAGAGAGAGGGAGAGUUCGAAAGAUUCUCUUCUCCGUCAAAGACACCGCGAGUCCGCUACCAUAACCAUCGAAAAUUCCAACCAAAAUUCCCAAAAAUCUCUUCGAAAAUAUUUUUAUUUGGCAAAUCCCAACCCAAAUCCCAUAAUCCACGGCAGAAAUCCAAUUUCCUUCCAGAAUAAUUAUCUUCGAACAAAAAAAAGAGUCUUAGGGUUAUUCUUACAAGAUCCGGGGAUGUCGAUUGCGGCCCACCUAAUCCAGUCGAAAGCCACCUCAAGCAGAUCACAAAGCAUCUGGACUUUUGCUUAUCGUAGAGUUUAAGUUGCUCUAGAAUACCUGCUUGCUUGACGAUGUCCCUGCAACUGGAGAAAUCCUUGAAGCUUCCCACUCUUGUUGUUCAUCUGCUAAAUGAUGCCCAUACUUUUCAUCUGUAGCGGACGGAGAUGAAUAUCUCUGCUCUUCUAACUUCUGCGGGCAUCAAUAUAGGCAUGUGCGCAUUGCUCUUGUGUUUUUAUUCCAUCUUAAGAAAACAGCCUGGCCUUGUCAAUGUGUACUUUGGGGGGAGGCUUCUUGCUCAAGAGAACAUUAUGCUUCCAGAUGCAUUUCGCUUCGAGAUGUUACUGCCUUCUCCCAGCUGGAUAUUGAAGGCCUGGAAAUCAACAGAGGAUGACAUCUUGGCUGCUGCUGGGUUAGAUGCUGUGGUCUUCCUCAGACUGCUUGUUUUCAGUAUUCGGAUCUUCUCCAUUGCGGCAGUCAUCUGCAUGUUUCUCGUGCUCCCAUUGAAUUAUUAUGGACAGGAGAUGGUUCACAGGCAUAUUCCAUCAGAAUCGUUGGACGUAUUUACCAUUGGAAACGUCAAGGAAGGAUCAAAAUGGCUUUGGGCCCACUGCUUAGCAUUAUACAUCAUAACAUUUUCGGCUUGCAUUCUUCUUUACUUUUUUCUUCAACUCCCCCCCACCCCUGGCAAGGGCCCACCCACGGGCAGCAGCAGGCUUCACAGUGGCCGUGGCUUGGGCCCCACAGAACCCUACUGCCAGCCCACCAGCCCGAUCAGCAAGAUCCAUAGGAGCAGAAAAGACAAUGAAUACCAAAAAAUUGCUGAGCUGAGGCUAGCACAUUUUACCGGAUCUCCUGCCAAUCCAAGUCAUUUUACAGUUCUUGUUCGUUCCAUCCCAAGAUCUACAGAAGAGUCAUUCAGUGAUGCUGUGAAGAAUUUCUUCAUGAAUUAUCAUGCAUCAAGUUACUUAGCACACCAAAUGAUUUAUCGGACUGGAAAAGUUCAGAGGCUGAUGAAUAAUGCAGAGAAGAUUUAUAAGAAGAUUGUAUAUGCAACACCCAGUUGUCUUUACCAGGAAUGUAGACCAAUGAGAGUACGAUGUGGUCUUUGUGGGGGAACCUCAUCUUCUUUUAAUUUAUAUUCAAAUGAACUUCAGCUUGCUGAGAGGCAUCCUGGUCUUGACCGUUUGGAUUCAUUAAAAGAAAAGGUGGUAAUCUUCAUAGCUGGGAAUGUGCUGCUGCUUUUGUUUUCUUCAAAACCCGGUAUGCUGCUGUUGUUGCCUCACAAGUUCUCCAGUCAUCAAAUCCCAUGUUAUGGGUCACUGACUUGGCUCCAGAACCGCAUGACGUUUAUUGGUCGAAUCUCUGGCUCCCAUAUGGACAACUCUGGCUCCGUCGCAUUACAAAUCUUUUGGCUUCGAUUGUUUUCAUGUUUUUGUUUCUUCUUCCUGUCACAUUUGUUCAAGGUCUCUCUCAGCUAGAUAAGUUACAGCGGAUGUUCCCAUUUUUGAAAAGUAUUUUGAAUAAGGGUCAAUUCUUUUGAGAUACUGGAUCAUGGCCUCACUCUCUUCAAUCUUCAUUACAAGAAGAACCAACUGCUGGCAACUUGUGGAAGUAAAAUCAAUGAGAUGGUCAUGGAGGCCUAUUACUGAUUUCUACAACAUGCUAUACUACUGCUAUAGUAAUCUAUACUAAGUGUUUUCGGUAGCGCUCGUAGUGUAGCGUAGCUCCCUGGUAGCGUAAGCUAUAGGGCAUGUAGCGUACACUGCGUGUAGCGCGUAGCAUAGGUAGCAUACAUUGCAUUCCUGAAAUCCUCUUUUUUUUUCCUUAAAAGUGUUUCUUCUAUGUUAGUUCAACACCUUUUUUAAAAUGGGGGUGACUCAUCCCCAUCACACAUGACACUACAUUAGAUCAUUUUGCACCAUCCAAAUUGUGGUCCAUGUAAUGGAUAGAGCACUUAGAUCAAUCCAGACCAUCCAAAUUGUGGUCUGUAUCAUGAAUUUGUGAGAGGUCACACUUAGAGACGUCUAAAGGCAAAGAGACAGAUUUUACAUGGAAAUAUGUGGUUGACGAUCCAAAUUCACAAUCAAGAACUCAUAAGAAUUAUGCAUCUUGUAAAAUUUAUCAUAUUUUAUUAUUUUAAGUAAAAAAAAUAUUAAUUUUAAAUAAAAAAUAUUAAGUAUUGUGUAGCGUACGCAAUUGAUUUGAGAGAUUUGGGAUGAGGAAGGAAGAGGAGGUGAAGGAAAGGGAAGUAUUGGGAGAGAGAAAAGCUUCGUCUUGUGUGUUAAGGAAAUAACACCUACGUAACACACCUUUAUCAUAUCACUAGAAAAAAAACAUAUAUGCUCCUAAAGAGCACACAACACCAUGCACUCACACCCAAAUAAAUACACUAAGUACAUUGCAUUUCCUAUACUCCCCCUCAAGUCGGAGCAUAGAUGUUGAUCAUUCUAACUUAUCAGUAAUUCGGAAAAGAUCAUCUUGACUGAGAGACUUGGUAUGGACAUCAACCAAUUGUUCCCCGGAGUGAACAAAGGGAGUGGCAAUUUCCUUGUUAGCAAACUUCUCCCAAAUGAAGCGACAAUCAAUCUCAAUGUGCUUCGUGCGCUCAUGAAGCACUGGAUUGCUGACAUUAUGAAUGGUAACCUGAUUAUUGCAGUUCAAAGGAAUGUGAUUCAGAGGAUUAUAACGAAGUUCUUGUAAGAGGGUUCGAAGCCAUACCGGUUCACAUGUCACAUGAGCCAUCGUCCUAUAUUCGGAUCCUGCCAAUCAUUGUGCAACAAUGACUAUUUCUUACUCUUCCAUGUGACAAGAUUGCCACCUACAAACGUAUAGUACUCAAAGGCAGUGUUUUAAAUAUCGACGUUAUUGGCCGAUAUAUCCCACAAUAUAUCUUGUAUCCCACCUGUGCAAUACGAGAUGCACAGGUAGUGCUGAAAUAUCUCACAUGCUCGAUCCGGUGAGCAUUUUCAAUUUUUGAUCCCCUUUUUUUGUUGAAAUUAUGCUAAAUCAGUGUCAAAUGGUUAUAAAUCCAUUGGUUCUUCAUGUUUUGCAUGAAAAAUCAUAGAGUUGGAGCUUCGAUUUCAAUAUCCAUUGGUUCUUCAUGUUCUCCAUUUUUU